AUGCUAUCACCAUCAUCUCUACUGGGCUCCCUGCUCAUAGUGUGUGCCGUUCUGACCACUACUUCUCGAGCCUCCACCAUCCUGUCAGAUGACGUAGCGGCACCGCCACAGUACUUGCAGCGUCAAUUGAGGAGCUUUCCCUACUCGGUCUCGUUCUAUCGUAUGCUUGGACACGAUCGUCAACUCCGACCGUAUUACGGUGUCAAUGACGAGGUAGCCGCAUUGAUCGAUUCGAUGAACAAUGACAUUGGCAGUGUUGGCGCUGCCAGUGAAGAGGUUUAUCCAACGAGACCAAGAAGGAGUGACGGUUUGCGAGGAUACGCCUGCCGCUUCAAAUUCUGUAGGAUCUACGACGCGUGA